AUGGAGGCCGCAUCAGCCAGAGCUGCGGCCCGCGAUCGCUGGGGCGAGAUGGGCUCACCCACACCAUCGCAACUGCAGCGAUUCAUCCAGGCCGCCUGCAGCCCCGAGAACUACGAGCCAAAUCUCGCUCUGAACCUCGAGAUCUCCGAUCUGAUCAAUUCCAAGAAGGGCUCUGCUCCGCGCGAGGCCGCUGUCGCUAUUGUCAGCUAUAUCAACCACCGCAACCCCAACGUGGCCCUCUUGGCAAUUAAUCUGCUCGACAUCUGCGUCAAGAACUGCGGCUACCCCUUCCACCUGCAGAUCAGCACGAAAGAGUUUCUUAAUGAACUCGUCAGGAGAUUCCCCGAACGACCCCCGAUACGGGCAACGCGGGUACAAAUGAAGAUCCUUGAGGCGAUCGAGGAGUGGAGGAGUACGAUAUGCGAAACGAGCAGAUACAAGGAGGAUCUGGGCUUCAUCAGGGACAUGCAUCGUCUUUUGAGCUACAAGGGCUACUCGUUUCCUGAGGUUAGGCGAGAUGAUGCCGCGGUCCUCAACCCUAGUGAUAAUCUGAAAUCAGCCGAGGAGAUGGAGGAGGAGGAGCGCGAGGCUCAAUCGGCCAAGCUUCAAGAGCUCAUCCGCCGAGGUACCCCCGAGGACCUGCAGGAGGCGAACCGUCUGAUGAAGAUCAUGGCUGGUUACGAUACUCGGUCCAAAACGGACUACCGCGCAAAGGCUGCUCAAGAGGUUGCAAAGAUUCAAGCUAAGGCGCGGCUGCUGGAGGAGAGACUCGAGGCGUUCCAGCAGGGCGACACGAUGAAGGACGGAGAUGUGUUUUCCGAGCUCGCUGCUGCCUUGCAGAGUGCGCAGCCCAAGAUCCAGAAGAUGUGUGAGGAGGAGUCGGACGACCACGAGGCUGUUGCAAAGCUGCUCGAGAUCAACGACAGCAUACAUCGGACCGUCGAGCGGUACAAGCUCAUGAAGAAGGGUGACCUGGAGGCUGCGCAGAAGGUAGCUAGCGGGGCGCCGUUGCCUUCAACUUCUGGCGCUUCCAAGAGCGCGGCGCAGGAGCUGUCUUUGAUCGACUUUGACGGAGAGGCCGACACGACGAACGGCUCAUCUUCUGAGCAACCUGCUUCGCAGUCUACCGGUAUCGAAAACGACCUGCUCGGCCUUUCUAUGGGCGACUCGGCAAGCUACGGCCAAGGAGGGGCUCUGACGCUUGGAUUUGGUACAAAUCAAAACAUCCCAGGCCCCGCCCUGCUCUCUUCCGUCACGGAGAACAACAGCGCAAAGGGUCCUAUGAGCAACACGGCGACACCCCAAGCGCCGUCAUUUUCCCAAUUUGCAUCAUUCACAUCCCCUUCAGCAUCACAGUCUGGAACCCCUCAGCCAUCCGGAAUGUCCGCAUUCAGGCCUCCUCAACAGCAGACCUCGGCCUCAAACGACCCCUUUGCCGCCCUAAGCUCGCCCGUCUUUUCCUCCAAGCCUGCCACUCCCGCUCCCCCACCCGCGGCGGCUGCGCCACCCGCAGCAGGUACAAAUGAUGACGAUGAAUGGUCUUUCUCAUCAGCUCUGCCCCCUCCUGAGACACCUAGCCAGCCAAAAGAGCACAAAGCGACCGUAAGCGACUCCAUCGUCAAGAUCGAGAUGAUUGCCGGCAGAACUGGGACCGGCAACGCUCUGAACCUGAGUUUCGCCUUCUCGAAUACUUCUGCACUGCCUGUCACCGAGCUUCACUAUCAGCUCGCUGCUACAAAAGGAUACGAACUCGGUCUCAGACCCCAGACAGGCCGGUCGUUGGCCCCAAAACAGAGCAGAGGUGUAACACAGUUCGUAGAAGUAUGGCAUGCCGGAGACAAAAAUCGUAAGGUUCAGUCUCUCAAGCUGCGGUGGAGAAUCUCAUACAAGGUUGGAGCGGAGUCGAAGAACGAAAUGGGUGAGAUUCCCGAGUUCAGCAUCGCGUGA